CUCAUCCUCCUCCCUUCCCAGCUCCCUCUCCACACAGAACUCCUAAUAGUAUACUUGCGCUACAAGUCGGUCCAUACAUUCUACGCCACGCAAGUCUCCACGUUUUGUCUGCCGUUGACAGCCUUCAAUUUCAUUGGUUUAUCGUCGGACUGGCAUCUUCAUUCGGUUUCUGCUUGUGGCAACUUUCAGAUGACUAUGUUUCCAGCAGUUCAUUUCCUCGGAGCGUUUGUAGUGUUCUCAGCGGGAAUGCUCUACCAGUGGGUCCACACCUACAUCACGUACCGAGUGUACCGCUCCGGAGUGGCCGGGCAUGUCGGGGUCGGCUGGGUCGUUGCCCAGGCGAUUAUCAGUCUUCUAUCACUCGUCUUCUUUGUUGGAGCUACUCUGUUUGCGGGUCUGGCUGGUAGUCGUCGUCGUCAUCAUAUCGGCCACGGUACAUUUCAUUGGUCAACUCAUGAUGGGGGUUUCGCAUAUCACGUCCUCAGCUCAGCGUGUGAAUGGGCGAUGAGUACGACAUUUCUGGUAUACUUCCUCACUUUUCACCCCGAUUUCAAACGAAUGAAGAUCGACAUUGUGGUUCGUCGCAGAUCAUCGGGAAGUCACCACGGCUACGACAGUAUCGUCAAUAGCGAAAACACGCCUCUUACUCAUUGACUAUGUUUCAAGUGUAUAUAUGUGCAUUUGAUGCUGGAUUUUUCACUGUAUAUGUAAGUGUGCAAAUGGUGUAAUUAAACUAAAAUCUGUAUCUUCAAUGACGAUUCAGCGACACAAUAA